AUGAGCAACACCCAAGAAGACGUUUCCACCGAAAACGGCCCCGUCAUCGUGGCCGACGAUGUCCAUGCCGACGACCCUGAAGACACUUCAUCCGACAGAGCAUCAAGUAUCGCGUCCUCAACUACGAGCGUGGCUAGUUCAAUUCUCAACCACCGCGUUGAGAACGGCAGAACGUAUCACAGGUACAAAGAUGGCAAAUACAGCUACCCAAAUGACGAGAGGGAAAACGACAGGUUGGACUUGCAACACAAUCUAUUCUUGCUCACGACUCAUUACAAGCUCGGUCUUGCCCCUGUAGCUCAGGAGGGCUCUAAUGUGAAUCGAGUCCUGGAUGUUGGUACUGGCACUGGCCUCUGGUGUGUCGAAUUUGGCGAAGAGCACCCCGAAGCAGAGGUAGUCGGCGUGGAUUUGUCUCCGGUUCAGACAACAUUCGUCCCGCCUAAUGUCAAGUUCGAGGUUGAUGACAUCGAGGAACCUUGGACAUACCAGCUUCCCUUCGAUUACAUCCAUACCCGGAUUAUGACUUCAAGCAUCUCCGACUGGAAGAAGUUUUUCCAGCAGUGCUUCAAAUUCCUUAACCCUGGCGGCUACAUCGAGAUGCAAGAAAUUCAUGUUCGACCUGAAUGUGACGACGGGACCAUGAAACCAGACUGUGCGUUUUUGAAAUGGGUUGAGAAGGUAGAGGAGGCCUGUAAUAUCCUCGGCCGCCCGUACAUCAACUGUGACCGUUUCUUGCCAUCACUCUUGAAAGAAGUCGGUUUUGUUGACAUUUCCAUCAACAAGUUCAAGUGGCCAAUGAACCCUUGGCCUAAGGACCCUUACUUUCGGGAGCUUGGCCUUUGGCAAUAUGAAAAUUGCGUAGAGGGCAUCGAGGCUUGGACGAUGGCUCCCUUUACUAGAGCUCUCAACUGGACAAGGGAGGAGGUCAACAUGUUCCUCAUCGACGUGCGGAAGGAUAUGAAGGACAGGGGAAUACACGCGUACAGUCCAGUGUGA